CUUCUUCUCCUGACAGCUCCCCUGCGCGCUCCCUACGCGCGUUCCCGCCUGCCUCCUUCUCCUCCUCCCUUUCGUUCUGCGGACACCGAACACCGGGCAGCACCGUUAGGACUGCACGGCCAGGUUCAUCUCGUGGCAGGAUGGCUGAUCAUUACCAGGACUAUGAUUCGGUGGGAGACCACACCAGAGACGGGUCAGCUCAGCAGAUCUACACGGGAGGCUCUGGUGAUCACAUCCUGGAGAGCAGUCAAGAGAGCGUUAUACGACUUCCUACUGCGGCACAUGGAGAUGAUGCGGCCUCGGUGCAAGAGGAUCUAGCGAAUGGGGAAGCAGUGAGAAGCCAGGGCCAUGCAGGGAUCCCUGAGGGAACAACUGCAGAGGAAGCUGGCGUUGGGCAUACCCCCAGUCAACAGGACCGUGCCGCAGAGGAGAUUGCACUUCUAGCAGCCGCAGGACAGGAAGAGGAGUAUGAGAUGGACACAAUGGAGGAAACUUUGAAAAUAACAGCAAAAGAUCAGACACAUGCUGAGAAUUAUGGGAUUACAGGAGACGUCGAUGGGGAAUCUCAAAAUGACGAGACAGCUCUAAGCAGUGGUAUGGUUGAAUCUGCUGUAGAGGAAGAUUAUUAUAAAGAAACAAACGGCAAAGAGGUUAACCUAGAAAUCUGUGAAGAUGACACAGAAGGGUGGGAAGAGCAAAUCGAUGAAGGCAUCAUCAUGCAGGACAGUGUUGCACCCCCAAAGGGGGGUGAACAGGAGUUGUCUUCAGUAGAACAACCUCAGACUAACGGUACGGGGGCUGAACAUAUUUUUCUGGAAGAUAAUCAACACAAGAAGGAUACAGAGGAGCCCUUUAUGGCCAUACCGGCAAAUUCUUUCCCUGUGGGACAGAUACGCCCACGAGCUUCAGUGUCAGUCUACCAAGUGGAGAUAGAUGCCAACAUACCUAUAGAUAGCAAAGAGGCACCAUGUGAAGAUGUAGGCAUUCCAGGUGGUACUAAAGUCGAUACAGAGCGUGCUACUGAGGAAACUCUGAAGUCCCCUCGGAAGCGAAUGCCAGCGCAUGGAUCAGGAAUACCAGUCAGUCGGGUCCCAGUUCCUAAAGCUCAUGAGCAGGAGAAACACGAGACUGAUUCGCAGGAAAAAGGAGCACAGAUAUCCACCAAACACCCCCCUGCCAAAAAUGCCAAGAGCAGGCUUUACACUGUUCCCCAAAAGUCACCCUCUAUUACCUCAAAAAGCCCCUCCAGUCCAGCUGCCUCAUCAGUACGGAGCAUUCAGAGAACAUCACUUGGUGCAGUUGGCCAGCCAGGCGUUACUGCAAGGCUGCACAGAGCCAAGGAGGCUGGAGGUCCGGAAAGUGCUAAAAGCCAGCUCAGUGCUUCAAGAAAUGCAACCAGCGCCUCCAGAAUCCCAGCAAAGACUUCGUCCAUCCCCAAGACCCCCCCUAGUGCUGUCAGAAGGGAUCAGAGAAAGCCGCCACCCAGCGGUGCCAAGCCAGACAGAGCAGAAUCGCCCAAAUCUGGUGAAAGGAGCGGGUACAGCAGUCCUGGAUCACCUGGCACACCAACUGGACGUUCUUCUUCACAAACACCCCCAACCCGGGAGCCCAAAAAGAUUGCUGUCAUUCGCACCCCUCCCAAAUCCCCAGCAUCUGCCAAGAGCCGUCUGCAGCCAGUCACUAGCCCAGCAGCCAUGCCUGACCUGAAGAAUGUGCGCUCAAAGAUCGGCUCAAUAGACAACAUUCGGCAUCAGCCAGGUGGCGGCAAGGUGCAGAUAGUUCACAAGAAGAUCGAUUUGAGUAGUGUGCAGUCCAAGUGUGGGUCAAAGGACAAUCUGAAACAUAUGCCAGGGGGAGGCACAAUACAGAUAACUCACAAGCCGAUCGACUUGACACACAUCACUUCUAAGUGUGGAUCUUUUGGCAACAUCCACCACAGACCAGGGGGAGGCAACGUGGAAGUAAAAUCCGAGAAACUGGAAUUUGACAAGAUUCAGUCAAAGAUUGGAUCCCUGGACAAUAUAACCCAUACACCAGGAGGGGGCGCAAAAAAGAGAGAGAAAGAGAAUGAAGAGCAGACAGGGGAUACCCCUUCCCCUCCUAAUGGGCUGUUACAAGGCCCUCUUGCCCCCUUGACUGAAGAAACAGAGGUGCCAGACUUGGUAGAACAGGAGAAUGAUUGAGAGUCACAAGCUGAUGUUCCGGGAGAACGCCAAAGCCAAGACGGACCACGGAGCCGAAAUUGUCUACAAGUCCCCCGGCCAAUCCGGGGAAACCUCCCCACGCCGCCUCAGCAAUGUCUCCUCUUCCGGCAGCAUUAACAUGACCGACUCCCCGCAGCUCUCCACUCUGGCCGACCAAGUCUCUGCCUCCCUUGCCAAACAGGGUUUGUGAUGCGCUACCCCCACCGGGGAGGGAGGAGAGCUGCAGGUGGGGGGUUGAAAGACGCAUUAAUGAGAUAAAAGGGAAAAAAAGAGAAAAGUUACCCAAUAGAAAUGCCCGCAACAAUUUUGAUAAUGAAAUUUUCCUUUUGCUUGCUUAUUUAUUAACCCCCCCACCCCCAUCUAUGGAUGGGCUUCUCCGACUAGCACAUGGGCAGAGAUUAAUGCUGCAUAGCGAACCCCAGUGCUAGAGAGGGAAACUAUGUGUAUGUAUAUUUUGUUCCAUAACAUGACACAGGAUGGGCAUAUGUUCAGAGUGAGUGCAGCCCCCUGACCCUUGUAUCCUUCUCAUAGAGCAGCUAUGGAUUCCUGGGGGGGGGUCACUAAGCCUGACUGGGUAGCGCUGGGCUCUCACAGGAACACCUGCUCCUACUGGGCCUAUAGCCAAUUACUAUGGCAGAUUAUAUAUAUAUAUAUAUAAUGAUGAUACAAUGAGGGCACUCAGUAAAAAGACCACAUUCUACCAAUGACCUUCCUAUGCCCCUCCCACUUGUGGAGGCUUGAGCUCACCUUGCGGGUACCCCCCCCCCCUCAGGAGAACAUAAUGGAAAGCUGAGCCCCAGUAUUCUGCUGUGGGCACCUGUACCAGCGUAAAUGUACCCAUGAAAUCCCCUCUCUGCCCUGGCAGCCAAGCCAAUAAAGAAGUGCGCAGGGCAGAGAGGGGAUUUCAUGGGUACAUUUACGCUGGUACAGGUGCCCACAGCAGAAUACUGGGCUAUUACCCCUGUGCCAGUCCUGGGGUUGCGCAUCUAGGAGCAUGGUAUAAAUAAACCCCUUUGCACGUCUUCUCUCUCUCUCCCCUCUCCCCCUCCCCCCCCAAUAACAAAAUACAAGCCGAGAACCCACCCAAACGUCCCUAUCACUCUCUCUGAACUUAAGUGUGUGAAUUUCAACACAAACCCAGGAAAUCACCGUGGCUGCUUCUUUUAUUUUGCCAAUCCUUUUCCCCCGCAACCCCAUCCCGUUAUCUUUUUAUUUCAGUAUUAUCUGCCCCCCACCCUUCUGUUGAUGUCAUUCCUUACUGACCCCCCCCUCCCUUAGGAUAUAAGCUCCCCCCGCCUCUGCGUUGUGUCUGUGGCUGUCCAUAUUCUGUGUCGUGUCUGACCAGCUGGUUCACACGGUCUGUUGCUGUACAAGUGGAUUUGGAAAUAAAGUAAUUAAUACAAACGA